GCGGGCCUUCCGCCCGCCCGCCCGCCCGCCUCCUGUCUUGGCCAGCAGCACGGCGGUAGCUGCGCCAUUGCACCACGCCUCCGGCCGGCGGCUGCUGUGCUGCCGCCGCCGCCGCACACGCACCAGUCCCCCGCACUGCCUGUGCCUCGUCUCGUCCUCCACUUGUGAGUAGCCCUCUGCUCUGCUCUCUGGCCCUCCGAUCCGCACGUGCCACCUGACCACUCACGCACAAGAACAAAGGCAUAUGCAAAAGGUUGCUUCGUUGCAGGUUUGGCGCCACCGGUUCCGUACACACGCGUGCUCGCGUUUGCUGAUGUUCAUCUAAUUAUAAUCUGUCCCCGGCCGAAAGAGCAAUUGUACGUGGAGGGAGGCGCAGUGAGAGAUCACUACUCAAAAGUUUCAGAAGACUCUGUUUUUUGAAACGCCAAGAUGGUUAAUUUCGGAAAGAAAUUGAUGGCUGAUCAAGUGGAAGAAUGGAAAGGAUACUACAUCAAUUACAAGCUGAUGAAGAAAAUGUUAAAGCAAUAUGUCCAACAGACCCAGCAUGGUGGGAAAGAUCGUGAACAAGUUCUUAAAGAUUUUUCAAGGAUUCUUGAUGACCAGAUUGAAAGGAUCGUGCUUUUUCUGCUACAACAACAAGGCCAUCUUGCCAGUAGGAUUGAGGAGUUGGGAGAAAAACGCAUUGUUCUUCUAGAAGAGUAUGACAUAUCACAAGUUUAUCAGCUACAUGAUGCAUACAGAGAAGUCGGGCUUGAUCUCAUAAAGCUUCUCCGCUUUGUUGAUGUGAAUGCUACUGGUAUACGCAAGAUACUAAAGAAAUUUGAUAAACGCUUUGGCUACAAGUUCACUGAUUAUUAUGUCACCACUCGUGCAAAUCAUCCUUAUUCUCAGCUUCAGCAAGUCUUUAAGCAAGUGGGAAUUGUAGCUGUUGUAGGUGCAUUAUCGCGCAACCUUGAAUAUCUGCAACAUCAUGAAGGAAGUUUUGUAUCCAUCUAUGAUCGUCCAGCAGUUACCUUAAAGGACCCUAUUAUCGACCAAGUAAACAAUGCAGUACAGAAGCUCACGCAUGCCACAAAUUUUAUGCAAUUCUUGGGACAACACUCACUUAUUGUCCAGGAAGAUGCGCAAAGCGGGUCGGAGGAUCUUGUUGAUGAUCAGAGCUACCAUUUCAUGUCCCUGAUGCUUAAUCUAGUUAACACAUUCCUUUACAUGGUGAAUACAUAUAUCAUUGUGCCGACUGCAGAUGACUAUGCUGUAAGCCUUGGGGCUGCUGCAACUGUCUGUGGUGUAAUUAUUGGAUCAAUGGCAGUCGCUCAAGUGUUCUCCUCAGUCUACUUCAGUGCCUGGUCAAAUAAGUCCUACUUCAAACCUCUUGUAUUCAGUAGCAUUAUGCUGUUUCUUGGAAACCUAUUAUAUGCAUUGGCAUAUGAUCUGAAUUCACUAAUAGUUCUCCUGAUUGGACGACUGCUAUGUGGGCUAGGCUCUGCAAGAGCAGUGAACCGUCGCUAUAUCAGUGACUGUGUGCCUCUCAAGAUGAGGCUACAAGCCUCCGCCGGGUUCGUUAGUGCUAGUGCUCUUGGCAUGGCAUGUGGCCCUGCUCUUGCUGGUUUUCUCCAGAUUAAAUUCAAGAUAUAUUCGCUGACUUUUAAUCAGAGCACGUUGCCUGGAUGGGUCAUGUGCAUUGCUUGGUUUAUUUACUUGUUGUGGCUGUGGCUUACAUUCAAGGAGCCAGAACACUUCACUAAAACCCUGGUCAGCGAACAACCAUCAGAAUCUGGUUGCCAAGGAAAUUCUAACUUGGAGGAAGGUCUAGCUCAACCCUUGCUUGUAGGUAUAGAACAAAGGCAGGAGGAGAACUCAGAAGAUAAUGAUGAUACUGAAUUAGCCUCAGAAAGCUCUCAUGAGCCAGCAACAUCAAUUGCUUCAGCAUACAGAUUGCUAACUCCAUCUGUGAAGGCCCAGCUAUUGAUAUACUUCAUGCUCAAGUACGCAAUGGAAAUACUACUCUCGGAAUCGAGCGUUGUCACCACAUACUAUUUUAGCUGGACUACUAGUGUUGUGGCUAUCUUCCUAGCGAUUCUUGGAUUAACGGUUCUUCCAGUAAAUGCCAUUGUUGGAAGCUACAUUACAAAUUUGUUUGAGGAUAGGCAAAUUUUGUUGGCAUCUGAAGUCAUGGUUCUCAUCGGUAUAAUCAUGAGCUUUCGUUUCACACCUCAUUACUCCAUUCCUCAAUAUGUCAUUUCAGCUCUCAUCACAUUUGUAUUUGCUGAGGUGCUUGAAGGAGUGAAUCUGUCCUUGCUCUCACGAGUAAUGUCAUCGAGGCUUUCCCGAGGGACCUACAAUGGUGGACUCCUUUCGACAGAGGCUGGGACGUUGGCCCGUGUAGUUGCAGAUGCCACGAUUACUGCAGCUGGUUAUCUUGGCACGGACCUCCUUCUCAAUAUCACUCUUGUCCCAUCUCUUGUGAUCUGCAUAGUCUCCAUCGCAGCCACACUCUACACUUACAACAAUCUCUAUUGAAGCUCUUAGCUGUACAAGUGUACAACAAUGUUCCUAAGCUAAAGCGAUUCUUGCCCACAAUGGGUUUGUAUACGAUUCCUGCCCACAAUGGGUUUGUAUAUCUGUUCAAGCAUGGUUUGUAAACAUUUUGAUCAAGUUGGUAUGCAAAAUUUCUUGUAUUUAGUGUAUUUAUGUAAAAAUUCAUCCUGUAAAUAAUUAUGAACUAUGAGCCUCUAUUGCUGGCUUAUGUAUUAGUCCA